AUGUACCUGAGACUGAGUGAGUACCCUAGUCGCGGGCAGACAACAGGCAUGGACGGACACUUUCACCCACGCCAACAAAUUAACGAUCCAUUGACUUUUGCAGUCUCUAUACUAUCAACUAAAUUAGAUUCAACUGAAAAAUUAAUCAUGGCGAUGAGGGAUUUAGCUGAAGGAGAGUGUGGAGGAGCUAAUCCACUGAUGAAGAUGACAUCACAUUUUAUGCAAGAUAAAUCGAUGCGACAGGAAGGAUUGAUCAGGCCAGGUGUUGUGCAUCCCGCUGAAUUAGAAAGACAGUUCCUUCAUGCAUCGGAACAUGAGCUGGUCAAUGAAUAUCUAAGGCAAGACCCCAGGUUACACAGGCCUCCCGAAACUUUUCGAAUGGAAGGUUUAUUGAAAGAAAUGAAGGAAAUUGAACAUUCGCAUCAAAUGAGAGCGCCUAUAACAGCGCCUGGUGUUUCGGACAUUGUAGCUACCGAGUGGGCAAACGAUUUUGUUGCCAAUACACCGUUUAUGCAUGAACAAGAAUUAGAAGAACAAUACCGCGCAAUCCAAAAUUCUGCUACGGGUGAUCAUCCUCCAACACAAUGGGCUGAUGAAUAUUUACAAGACACAGAACAUGCUAUUUGGGCUGCUGAAUAUGUUGAAGCCAAUUCUAAGAAUGAACUGAAAGAUACAGCUGCUGCUUUAUCGGAAAUCUCAAAUGAUCCUAAAUUUGCAGAUUCCAAGUUUUUCGACUUUGUAAAGAAGCUUAGCACAGGCGAAUUAACUAUUAAGGACGAUCAGGUUGUUGAUGGAGCAGCAGAACAGUGGGAAAAGGAAUUUACUGCUGAGCAACAGGGUGCAGAAGUUAUGAAUGAAGAACAAUGGGUAAACCAAUUCGACGAAGAGACUCUUCGUUCUAAGUCCAAGGAUAACGAAGUUUGGGAUAACUUGCAAAAAGAAUGGGAAAGCUACGAUAGAGAUAAUCAUCCAGAGCAUCCUUGGCUUUCUGAAUAUGAGGAUACGUACAACAAGGAAUACGAUUUUAAGGAAGACAAUCCGUUUGAAAAUCACCCUGAUCCUUUUAAUGAAGGUUUACAAAUGUUAAAAGAAGGAAAUUUAUCUAUGGCAUUGCUGCUAUUCGAAGCUGAUGUCAAGAAAAAUCCUGAACACGUCGAGGCAUGGCAAUAUCUUGGCACAACGCAUGCAGAAAAUGAGCAGGAAAAUCAGGCAGUAUCUGCUCUAAGAAGGUGUCUACAGUUAGAACCAGGCCGCUUGCCUGCUCUCCAGGCACUCUCAGUCAGUUAUACUAACGAAUCCUUACAAUUACAGGCCUGUCGAACGCUGAAGAGUUGGCUGUAUAACAACCCAAAGUAUCAUCAUCUUGUUAGAGAUUCAACUCAGCUAUCUGAUGAUGGAAUGGUCACUUCGUCAUUAAUGACUAGGGAGCAAUUCCGUGAGAUUGAAAGUGUCUUUUUAGAGGCCGCUAGACUUUCCCCUGAAAACGUAGAUGUCGACGUUCAGAGUUGCCUAGGUGUACUUUAUAAUUUAUCUGGCGAUUACGAAAAGGCAGCUGAUUGCUUCAGAGUUGCUGUAGACAGUAAGCCAGAUGAUCCCGAACUAUGGAAUAAAUUGGGAGCGACGUUGGCUAAUAGUAAUAAAAGCGAAGAGGCGAUCCUAGCAUAUCAUACUGCUUUAUCUCUAUCACCUGGUUAUGUUAGGGCUAGAUACAACUUAGGAAUAAGUUGUAUUAACCUGAAAGCUUAUAGGGAAGCUAUCGAACAUUUUCUAAUUGCACUAAAUAUGCAGCGAAAUGAUUAUGGUUCUACAACUAUGUCUGAUAACAUAUGGUCUACACUUCGUAUGGCCCUAUCCUAUAACGGAAAGUCAGAUUUAUUCCAAGCUGUCGAUGAAAGAGACUUGGCAACACUGAAUAAAGAGUUCGAUGUUUCAGUUUAA